AUGAGUGCAACUCCACACCCGUUCAUAUAUUCAAUUGACCCUGAACCUGAGAGGACAUUUAGAGUUAGGAGAAGAGCCCAGAAAGCACAUAGGCAAAUUCCACUUCUAGAAAUUGAAGAAAUGGAGGAUUUAGGAAGUGUAAAUGGGAAUGAUGGGGUAGGAGGACCUGCAAGGAUAAGGGAACCACCUGUUAUAAAUGAUAAUGAUAGGUCCAUGAUGGACUUCAUCAUACCUGUGUUGGAUGAGUUAGAUCCAAGCAUAGCCCAACCUGUGAAUGGAGUGCCCUUCAAAUUAGAACCGGUGAUGUUCACCAUGCUUCAAAACAUGGGGCAGUUUCAUGGGUUGUUGAUGGAAGACCCACACAAGCACCUUAGAAAUUUCAUAGAAGUGGCCAACACUUUUAGGAAUCCUAACAUCUCGGAUGAUGUGUUAAGAUUGAAGCUCUUCCCUCAUUCACUGGCUGACAAAGCCAAAGAAUGGUUGAACUCCCUUCCAUCCAACUCUAUAACCAAUUGGCACACCCUUGCUGAGAAAUUCAUUAUGAAAUUUUCCCCCUCUAAUAAGAUAGUGCAAACUAGAGGUGAUAUUGCUAACUUCAUGCAGAGGGAUGGAGAGACACUAGUGGAUGUGUGGGAGAGGUACAAGAACCUUCUUAAGCAAUGCCCAAAUCAUGGUUUGCCUUCUUGGGCAGUGUUACAAACCCUGUACAAUGGCCUAAAUACUCAAAACAGGGCCUUGGCAGAUUCUGCUGCUAAUGGCAUGUUUAUGACUAUGUCCUUUAACCAAGCCCAUGAGUUGUUAGAACAAAUGACUCAAAAUUAUGCCCAAUGGCCUGAAGAGAGAAAUCAGCCAAGGAGAGUGGCUGGUUUACAUGAGAUAGACCCUGUAACAGCUCUUUCAGCCAAGUUUGAUGCACUGUCCAAUUUAGUGAGAACCCAAGGACAAACCAUUGAGGCAAGAUUAUCCCAAUCCCAAGUUCCUGCACCUCAAAUACCUGUGACCCAACCUCAAGUUAAUGCAAUAAACACAAGUGUAACUUGUGUUUGCUGUGGUGGGCCCCAUUUGUAUGAUAGCUGCCCAUCCAACCCAGAAUCUGUGUUUUAUGUGGGAAACCAAAAUAGAAACCAAAAUACUCUCCCCCAAAAUAUUUUUCCCAAUAACUUUAACCAGGGAUGGAGGCAGAACCAACAACCUCAAUAUUUUCAAGGGCAGGGGCAGCAAGCUGGUCCUUCUAAUGCCCAAACAAAAAUACCUUUUCCUACCCAGAAUUACCAACAAACUUCAAGGCAGCAAGCUGUUGUUCAACCUAGUGAGAUGCCUAUUGCUCCAUCCUCUUCUUUAGAAGCUUUGUUAAGGGAAUAUUUGGUUAAGAAUGAGACCAAGCAAAACAGCUUGGCUUUGAAUUCUGUUGUUCAUAAUAGCCCCCAAGGGGUUGUGCACAAUAACUCUUCACCCAUUUUGGUCGAAUCAGACACUCAGCCCUCUAUAGAUGAGCCUUUAGGGAAUAAUUCCAUUGAAAAACCUACUCAAAAGGGUUUGACCCCUAAGCCAAAUAGUGAGACACCUGCUACUUCAAAAAGACCUCCACCACCCUUUCCUCAAAGGUUGCAAAAGCAGAAGCAAGAUAAUCAGUUUAGGAAAUUUCUAGACCUCCUAAAACAGUUGCAUGUCAACAUUCCAUUUGUUGAUGCAUUGGAACAAAUGCCCUCUUAUGUAAAGUUCAUGAAAGAAAUUCUUUCAAGAAAAAGGAGGCUAGAAGAGUUUGAGACUGUUGCUCUUACACAAGAGAGCAGUCAAUAUCUUCUUAGUAAGAUACCUCCUAAACUAGGAGACCCAGGAAGUUUUACAAUCCCUUGUACCAUAGGAGACCACUACAUAGGCAGAGCAUUGUGUGAUUUAGGUGCUAGUAUCAACUUAAUGCCUUUGAGUGUGUACAAAAAGCUGAAAGUAGGAGAGCCUAAUCCCACCACUGUCACAUUACAGUUGGCUGAUAGGUCUCUAGUUUAUCCGGAAGGGAAAGUAGAGAAUGUUUUGGUGAAAGUAGAUAAAUUCAUUCUACCUGUUGAUUUUAUAAUUUUAGACUAUGAGGAAGACAGAGAGGUUCCAAUUAUUUUGGGAAGGGCUUUCUUAGCCACUGGUGGGGCUGUCAUAGAUGUUAAGGAGGGUGAGUUGGUCAUGAAUGUGAAUGGGGAACAA